AUAACAUUAGAUGGCCAAGUGUGACUGUAGUCUGCUGUCUGUAGUAUUUUUAUUACAAAAUAAAAAACAUAGUCGUCGAGGGUAGCGCAUACUGUCUAGAAAUUGGUAGUUUUUAAAUUUAUUAUAAUAUUGUACUAUGCAAUUUCGUGUUCAAAAGUUUAUAGUUCCUCAAAAAUGAUUUAUUAAGUGUUUUUUCUUUGUGUACGUUUCACUCAAGUUUCGACCAUUGCAAAAAUGGUCAACCCAAUUGAAAUUCCAUUAAAAGAUUCCGACGAGGUAAUUGAAAUACAGUUGGACAAAUUACCUGAUUAUGAAGAGGUACUUGGUAUUUUGAAAUCUGAAAACUCAAAUUUACACAUAUGGGUUAACUUAGCUUUGGAGUAUUACAAAAGUGGGAACACGAUUGCUCUGGUAAGAUUGUUAGAAUCAUCACGCAGCAAUGCGAGCUUGGAGUAUAAAGACAGUGACAAAGAUCAAAUGAGGGCACUUGACAUGCUGGCUGCAUACUAUGUGCAAACAGCUAACCGAGAGAAGAGUAAAGAUAAACGACGUGAGCUUUUUACUAAAGCUACGCAACUUUAUACAACGGCAGAUAAAAUUAUUAUGUAUGAUACGAAUCAUUUAUUGGGCCGAGCAUUCUUUUGCUUGUUGGAAGGCGAUAAAAUCGAGCAAGCUGAUGCUCAAUUCAAUUUUGUUUUGAACCAGUCAUCUAAUAAUAUUCCAGCUCAGUUGGGUAAAGCAUGUAUAGCAUUUAAUCGAAAAGAUUACAGAGGUGCGUUGGCCUAUUAUAAAAAAGCAUUGCGGUCAAACCCUAAAUGUCCUGCUGAUGUACGUCUGGGUAUGGCUCAUUGUUUCCUUAAGUUGGGAAAUACCGAGAAAGCACGAUUAGCAUUUGAGAGAGCUUUGCAGCUAGAUCCUAAGUGUGUUGGAGCAUUAGUAGGCCUGGCUAUUAUGAAGCUGAAUGGUGAAAACCCUGGCGACAUUAAAUUAGGUGUAAAUAUGUUGUCAAAGGCGUACACAAUAGACACAACAAAUCCGAUGGUGUUAAAUCAUUUGUCCAACCAUUUUUUCUUCAAGAAAGAUUAUAGUAAAUCAGAACUACUAGCAAGGCACGCAUUACAAAAUACAGAAAACGAAGCAAUGAGAGCUGAAAGUUGUUAUCAAAUGGCUCGAGCUUUUCAUGUACAGAAUAACUAUGAUCAAGCCUUUCAAUAUUAUUACCAAGCGACUCAAUUUGCACCUGUAACUUUUGUAUUGCCACAUUAUGGAUUAGGACAGAUGUAUAUUUAUGGCGGCGAUAUGGAAAAUGCAGCUCAGUGUUUUGAAAAAGUACUUAAAGCUCAGCCUGGUAAUUAUGAAGCUAUGAAAAUUCUUGGUUCGCUGUAUGCUGAUUCAAAAAAUCAACAAAAACGUGAUCUAGCAAAAAAUCAUUUAAAAAAAGUGACUGAACAUUUCCCAGACGAUGUUGAAGCAUGGGUUGAGCUUGCACAAAUUUUAGAACAAUCGGAUCUUCAAGCAUCAUUAUCUGCGUAUGGCAAAGCUAUGGAUUUAAUUCGCACCGGUAUAAAUAGAGAUAUUCCACCUGAAAUACUUAAUAAUGUUGCUGCAUUAAAUUAUAGAUUAGGAAAUUUAGAAGAAUCACGUUCUAAACUGGAAGAAUCAUUGAGUUUAUCUAAAAAAAUGGUUGAAGCCGAUCCACAGCAUUAUAAUUCUAUAGCUGUUACAACUACUUAUAAUUUAGCUCGUAUAUUUGAAGCACAAUGUCAGUUUCAAAAGGCUGAAACACUUUAUAAAGAUAUUCUUAAAGAACAUCCUAAUUAUAUUGAUUGUUAUUUACGUUUGGGUUGCAUGGCACGAGAUCGUAACCAAAUUUAUGAAGCAUCUGAUUGGUUUAAAGAAGCAUUGCGUAUAGACACUGAACAUCCCGAUGCCUGGUCAUUGCUCGGAAAUUUACAUUUGGCUAAAAUGGAAUGGGGACCAGGUCAAAAGAAAUUUGAACGUGUUUUGAAAAAUCCAUCAACUUUAAACGAUUCAUAUUCACUAAUUGCCUUGGGAAAUGUUUGGCUUCAAACUUUACACCAACCAACUAGAAAUAAAGAACAAGAAAAAAGACAUCAAGAUUUGGCUUUACAAUUCUUCACGAAAGUGUUGAAAGUUGAUCCAAGGAACAUUUGGGCAGCUAAUGGAAUCGGUUGUGUUAUGGCUCACAAGCAUUGCAUAAAUGAAGCGAGGGAUAUAUUUGCUCAAGUUAGAGAAGCUACUGCAGAUUUUUGUGAUGUUUGGUUGAAUAUAGCACACAUUUAUAUUGAACAAAAACAAUAUAUUAGUGCGAUUCAAAUGUAUGAAAACUGUAUGAAGAAAUUUUUUAAACACGAUAGCGUUGAAGUUCUUCAGUAUCUAGGACGUGCUUACUACAGAGCGGGCAAGCUAAAAGAAGCAAAAGUUGUAUUUCUUAAAGCUCGGCGAGUCGCUCCUCAAGAUACUGUUAUCAUUUAUAACAUUGCCUUUGUUCUUCAAAAAUUAGCAGCACAAAUUCUUAAAGAUGAAAAAUCUAACUUAAAAGAUGUUCUUCAAGCUGUACACGAACUAGGUUUAUCGCACAAGUACUUUCAGUAUUUGUCUGUACACGGUGAUCGUAUGCGUUACGAUGUAGGUCUGGCGGAGAUUGAAGCUAAACAUUGUCAAGACUUGUUAUCGCAAGCACAAUAUCACGUGGCCCGUGCUCGCAAGAUGGACAAUGAUGAAAAAGAAAAGCGUCGAAAACAGGAAGAAGAGCGAGAAGCAUUCAAAUCGAAGCAACUUCAAGAGCAAUUUAAAGCACUACAACAGCAAGAAGAACAAAAAAAAGAAAUGUUACUUAAGAGGCAAGAAUAUAGAGAAAAAACUAAAAAUGCUCUUGUUUUUGAUACUAUACAAGAAAAACCUAAAAGUAAAGGUAGACGCCGGGAAAACUAUGGAUCCGAUUCAGGUGGAAGUAUUGCGUCCGAACCUGCAGACGGCAAUAGAAGUCCGAGACCUGUGAAAUCUAAAAAGUCUAGAAAAAGUGGAACUGUUGGGGGUGGUGAUAGAGAAAAUAAAAAGAAAGGAGGCUCUAAACGAAGAAGAGACAGUAAUGCUGCAUCAGGUGGUUCCGAGAGUGAUAGACCUUCAUCUAAAAAAGGCCGUUCUUCCACUCAGAGUAAGAAAGCACCAAUGUUGUCCUCAAAACAGAAACUUAGAGUUGUAUCUAAAGCAACUAUAUCAACUAGUGAAGAUGAUAGUAGUGAUGGUGAAGUCAAAAAAAGAAUUUCCGGCCAAAGUUCAAGCAAGGGUAGAAUGUCACGUUCUAGCUCUGGGUCCCGUUCAGGAUCAGGAAGUCGCAACUCUAGAAGUCCAUCAAGAUCACGAUCUGGUUCACGAAAAUCGCGAUCUAAGAGUGCUGCUUCUCGUAGUCGUUCUAGAUCCCGUUCAAGGAGUCGAUCACAGUCAGGCAGCCGUUCUCGUUCAGGUAGCCGUUCUGGUUCAGCUAGUCGCUCUCCUUCUCGUAGCCGAUCGAAGUCAGUCAGUAGGUCAAAAUCUAGAUCAGUUAGUGGCUCAAGAUCACGAUCCCGUUCACAAUCUCGUAGUAAAUCAAAAUCACAAGCUCGUUCAAAAUCUGGUAGUCGCUCUGCUUCCAAUUCUCCAAAUCGCUCAGGUAGUAGAUCUGUAUCAAAUUCUCCUGUGAGAAGGUCUACAAGUAGAUCACCUUCUGGAUCCAGGAGUGCAUCAGGGUCUAGAUCAGGAUCUGUUUCACCUAAUGUUUAACUUAAAAUUAAAUUUUUUGUUCUCUUUUAACAAUAAUGUCAUUAAUACCUUAUAAUAUUAUAAAACGAAAAGGUAUUUUUUUUUUUUUCAUGUAUGUUAAAUAAGUUGCAAAUUAAUAGCAUGUUAAAUUACAGUUUUUAAAUUAAGUCUAAAAAAAUCGUAUUAAAUUUGUGUUUAAUUGUUUAAAAUUGUACUUCUUAUGGACAAAUGAAUCAACGCUUAAUUUUAUAGAUAAGGGUUAUCUUUCAUUCAAAAUAGGUAUUAUUAUAUAUGUUUCAAAACCAUCGAAGUUUUUAUAUGCUCUGUUUGGUAUUUAUAAUUUAAAAACUAUAGAUAAACUGUUACCUAAACAUAUUGUUACUUAAUAGGUAAUAGCUUUUUUUAAAAAUAAUUAUAACAAUAAUUUGAUGUGUAUUUUUUAUGCUAAAAUGUUUGUUUUUAUUUUUUAUUAUACAUACAUAGGGUUAUCUAAAAUUUAUAUUACAUUCAUUUUUUCUAUGAAAUAAUUGUAUUAGCUAAAAAAGGAUUAAAUAAAACAGUUAUUAUUUUUAAUAUUUAUGUAAAAAAUAUUCUUCUUAGAGGUAGUUUUAAUUGGUAACUUUUAAAAGGCAAAGAGCAACCUACCAUAUUUGAAUUAGAUAUAAAAGAAGGACAGACAAUUGAAAAUAAUGACUGGUCAAAAACCAGUUUUGAGUAAAUACUUUUUGAGUUACUAGCAUUUAAAGUUUAGGUGAAGUGUGGAUUUAAUAACAUCACAGUCCAUCUCACCUCUAGCCUAUAUCUUUACACACUAAAAUCUCACAAAGUAUUUAUUCAAAACUGAUUUUAUGACAUCAUUUUGCUUUUAAUAGGAAAUUAAAAUACACAGGGUAUCAUUUGCUUGUUAUAAGUUGCCCUUUAAAAUAUAAUUGGUAAUUCAAACAAGAACAACUAUCUCCAAACAUUAAUAAUAUGAUAAUGAUUUUAUUUGAAUUUUGUUGUUGCUUAAACUAUUUUUUCAUAGUUAAAAUGAAAUUUGGAUAACCCUGUUUAUAGAAAUUUAUAUUAUCUAACUAUUGGCUUGUUUCAAGGUUUUACUAUUUAUUU